AUGGCCAUCUUAGCCCUUUAUUCUUAUACCCUCUAUCAAAAAUACCAAGCGGAGAAAAAAAUCGAAGCUUUUUAUCAACAAAAAACUAAGGAAAUCCGCCAAGAACAGAAGAUUACCGAAGAACAAUGA